AUGAGAAUAAACUUUAAUGCGCAAAUGAAAGAAUACUGCAAUAAGAGUGAAAAUGUCGUAAAGAAGCCUUGGACAAAAGCAACUGUGGAAGAAGCAAUUCGAGAAAUUUUGGAUGCAAAUAACCCUGAAAAAAAGAAGACUAGUAGACAAUAUGGAUUAACCAGAAAAUACGACACAAUGGAGAUUGGCGAAACAAGAGUUUUAAUCAAAAAAAGAAGAAGUAAUGAGGAUCCUGUAGUAGUAAUGAUUCCGGUUGAAGAAUACUUUGACAGACUUCUUCAAUGUCACCGUGCCACUGGACAUGGAGGAAGAUAUAAAAUGCUGUUUGAAUUAAAAAAUAAAUUUUACAUUCCCAGACCAGCAGUUGAAAUGUUUGUAUCGCUUUGUAAAAUGUGUAAUACGAAGAAAUCUCAACAACAACGAAAUAUUGUGGUAAGACCAAUCACAACACAAGAUUUUAACCUUCGCAGUCAAGUUGAUUUGAUCGACUUUCAAUCAACUCCAUGUUGA